UGCUUUCUCUCUCUAUCUCCUCCUUGGUCCAUCGAUGGGGCGAAAGCGACAACACUCGGUCAGGCACGGUCUGGAGUCGGCGGUCGUUGAGGCGGGUGUACAGGAAGAGGAGUGCAGUAGUCGCUACAGGGACGAUAUACCAGCCUGCGAGCGCUGGCAGUGGGUCGUACUGGUCCGUUUUAUGGAAGGUGUCCCUGGCCGCUUGCAGCGCUAUAAGUAUCACCAAGGGCCCGUGUUUCAAAUGUAUCCGCGGACCGACUAUACAGACCUUCGUCGAGGUGAAAAUCUCUCCUUGGCAAGUUGUAGCGAACGCCCGACCCCCGACUACCUUCUGAGGCGGUAUCACCUCGAAACGUUGAUUGCACGACCAAAUCAGCUGCCGGCGCCCUCGGUGUGUCAGAUUCAGGCUUGCUCAGUCUAACGUCCAAUCUCAUUUGCGGCGCGUUCGGAUGGAGUUUGGCCAGCGUAAUUGAUAAUGAUGACGUUGAUUUGGCCGUAUUUCACGAAUCACCCUUGCGGUAGUGCAACUACUGGGGUCAGCGGGGGAGAAAUUUUGGGUCAAGGAUGUCGAAAAGUUCGCGAACGGUUUUGUAUUUCUGAGCCGGUCAAUAAUUUCAAAGUCUGAGAGCGAUUCGCACUCAAUUUCAG